AGAGACGAGAUGGUGGGUUCUUCUAUAAUGAGCGGUGCAAUAAAGAUAGCUCCACAUGCAACCAUGAUCGUUGUUCAGGCUAUCACUGCAGGUUAUUUUGUACUCACCAAUACCAUACUCGUUACAGGGAUUAGCUCUACUGUUCUACUUGUGUAUCAAUACAUAUUAGCAACAAUUUUCGCGGGUGCUCUGUCAUUCAUUUUUGAAAGAAGGAACAGGCCCCCUCUCACAUUACCCAUUUUCUUCUGGAUAUUUUUUCUAGCUUUUGUUGGGAUAACAUUGGCUCAGAACUUACUAGCAGCCUGUCUCUAUUUCAUCUCAAGUACAAUAGAGACUGCGGUUCUCAACAUGGUCCCCAUUUUUACUUAUAUAUUAUCUGUUAUCUCAAGAGAAGAAAUGCUUGAAUUAAACACAUUAUGGGGCAAAGGGAAGCUGUUUGGUUGUCUUUUAUGUGUUUCGGGUGCUCUCACCCUAAUGUCAUGGCGUGGUUCUGCUAUUAUUCUCAAAACAAGCCUGGGAGAAUGGAUUCUUGGAUUGGUUAUGGCUGUCAUAGGAAUUCUUGCAUUUAGUACAUGGAUUCUGAUGCUGAGACCAAUGAUGAGAAAAUACCCAGCUGAGUUUUCACUGUCCGCUAUCAUGUUCUUCUGCACAACAUUACAAACAGGUGCAUUAGCCGCAAUUGUAAGUCAUAAAGCAUCGGAAUGGCGCCUUAAAUGGGGUCUAGAACUCAUACUGGUAUUAUUUGGUGGUUUAUUGAAUAGUGGCUUAUCAAAUAUCUUGUAUACAUGGUGUGCAUCGGUCAAGGGGCCAAUCUUUGUGGCCACAUUUUCACCUCUAACAUAUGUGUUUACUAUACUCAUGGAAACAGUAUUUCUGGGUAGCAGCUUAUACACUGGAAGUGUUAUUGGAUCCAUUGUUAUAAUCGCGGGGCUUUACAUCUAUCUAUGGUCAAAGGCUAAGGAAGAAGCUUACACAUCAAUGAAUGGAGAUGACUCUAUCACUUCUUCACUUAUAUUAGAUGCAGCUCCAUCACAGGUUCCUUAAAAGCUUAUGGGCUUCACUUAUAUGCAAAUUAUUUCUCUCUUGUUAUUAUAAAGGGAACUCGUUAUUUUAGUAAAACUAGUUUCAGGUAAAUUAUUUUCUCUUGCCACACAGACCUGGGAUCAAAUCCCACUACUUUCAGGUUGGGGGAUGGGCUACUUCCAUUGUGUAGCCCAUUAAACUAAAAACAAAAGAAAAAGAAAAGUUAUAAAACAACUAGACACAUUAUCGUUCUGUGCCA